CCCGUUCACAUGACGACGCACGGCUGUGUGGAUGUGUCCCACUAAUGCCUUUCACCCACCGGUUUGACCAUACAAAUACAUUAAUAGCAGAAUAGAAAAACAGGCGGCGUUUGAGUGGGUCUGUCUGAAGCUCCGGGCCGGUUUUCAUUAUUUCUACAGUGUCUGUGCCGCUUUUAAAGAUGAAGCUCUCUGGCCAUUUUUCCGCCCUCAUCAUCAGCUGGAUUGCAGUUUUAGGAUGCACGCAGGCUGUUACUCUGGAGGUGAGGGAGGGGAACUCAACCUGCAUCAAAGCUGAACUCUCUGCAUCCAUGUCCAUUCCGUACAACACCUCCAGCAGCACGCGCACUGUGCAGGUCUUUCUGCCCAACUCCACCACAGUCGAUGCUAGCAGCAGCUCAUGCGGUGGUGAUGGCAGAGACCCGUGGCUGGUGGCGGUGUUCGGAGAUGGUCACGCCCUGGGACUAAGCUUUUCAACCAAUGGCAGUCUGUACAGCGUUGCCAACCUCAUGCUGCAGUACAAUCUCAGUGACGCUUCAGUUUUCCCUCAGGCCAACCGCUCUGACGUGGUCACUGUGGUGUCGACCUCAGUGGGGAUCUGGGCGAAUAUCAACACCACCUACCGCUGCCUACAUUCCAGCUCUUUUAGGGUUGGUGGCUCGACCGUCACAUUCUCUAACAUGAGGUUGGAGGCGUACAUGCCUAGAAAUGAUCUGAGUCCAAAUGAAAGCAUAUGUGUGGCAGAUCAGGGCACUACUCUAGCUCCACCCACCACAGCCAGCACUACAGUAGCUCCACCUCCAACACCACCAUCUCCAGGAACACCUGACCGGGGCGCCUACUCUGUGAAAAACAAUGGCACCGUAUGUCUCCUGGCCCAAAUGGGACUCCAGCUCAACGUCUCCUAUUCUGUUCAAUCUCAGAAUAAGACAAUCCGGGAAAUAAUGAAUCUCAAUCCCAACCUGACGAUCGCGUCUGGAUCAUGUGGAGCCAGCAGUGCCACCUUAGUCUUGACGCAGGAGCAAACCACCACGCUCACCUUCACCUUCACUCUGAACUCCACAUCCAAGAAGUACCACCUGAGCGGGCUGACGCUGCUGGCUAAUUGGUCUGAUAUGACGGCACCCUUCUCAGCAGGUAGCAGCAGCCUGGACUACCUCCAGAGCAGCCUGGGUCACUCCUACAUGUGUAACACAGUGCAAAUGUUGGUUGUGGGCCCCACGUUCUCUCUCAACACCUUCAGACUGCAGGUCCAACCCUUUGAUGUCACUGCUGGAAAGUUUGCAACAGCGGAGGACUGUCAGAUGGUCGGAGACCAGAUGAUCAUCCCCAUUGUUGUUGGUGCGGCUCUGGCCGGCCUGGUCCUGAUUGUGCUCAUUGCAUACUUAAUAGGCAGGAAGAGGAGCCACGCCGGAUACCAAACCAUCUGAGUUCAAAGCUGCUGC